UAUUUAUUGUAAAUGACCUCUCGCUGCCCACCUGCAGUACCUUCGCGGCCCACGGAAUCGCUGCUAUAUACCAUUUCUCAAGUUUAGGUAAGAUAGGUCCAAUAUAGACCAGGAAACAGUUAUGACUUCAGGAAUCGCUUCUGUGAAAGGAUUUCUCUUUCACAAAGAUAAGUUAUUACGUUAUUUUUAUUUAUCUUAGACCCAGAGGGAUCCAUAAUACAGUAUUGACAGUAAGUCAAACCGCAACACCGAUCAAUUCUGUAAAGGACAAUGAAAGGACGCAGGCACCUUGACAACCCUACUGAGACAUCUCUCUCCUAACAUGCAAAUCAAGAGGUAGCCACGGAAUUGGAACCCAUGUCUCUCCGUCACUAAGGUGUCCACCACUGCGACGCCCCGCACGUCACGCGGGCGUCCACUGCACAAGGCAGUGCGUGUGCGUGUGUGUGUGUGUGUGUGUGUGCAGGGCUGGCUGGCUGAUGGAGCGGUGGGGUCGUUGAUGUAUCAGAAAGUGGAAGCCGCGGAGGACAAAGAGCUGCGGGGCGAAGCGACGCAUCAGCACGCUGGAGAGCUCCGCUCCGCGCCUCUCCCCAUCGACCAGCACCGGCGGACCGCGCUCCUCUCCAGGAUGACAGGCAACUUGUCUCUGUGGGUAUCCACACCUGGCUUCUCCCUGCUGAACACGUCUGCUCCACCCUCCCUUGGACCCUGGCAGGCUCCGUCCUUUACAGUGGCCGCCCGCUGCCGUGUAGCAGCUACCCUUGUGCUGUUUGUCUUUGCUGCUGGCAGUAACCUGUCGGUCCUGAUCAGUGUAUGCUGGGGGCGGGGUUAUCGCCUGGCAGCACACCUACGCCCGCUCAUCGCCAGUUUGGCCUCAGCUGAUCUCAUGAUGACCUUUUUGGUGAUGCCGCUAGAUGCCGUAUGGAACAUUACAGUGCAGUGGUAUGCUGGGGAUUUCAUGUGUAAGCUACUGUGUUUCCUCAAGCUAUUUGCCAUGCACUCAGCUGCUUUUAUACUUGUGGUAGUAAGUCUGGACCGCUAUCGGGCCAUCCUCCAUCCUCUGGAUUCUCUCGAUGCUGGGCUCAGGAACAGACGCAUGCUGCUGGUGGCCUGGACCCUGAGCCUGCUGCUGGCAUCUCCACAGCUGUUCAUCUUUCGAGCGAUUAAAGCUGACGGAGCAGACUUCACUCAGUGUGUCACCCAUGGAAGUUUCCAGUAUCCCUGGCAGAAGACUGCGUACAAUAUGUUUCACUUUGUGACACUAUAUGUCUUCCCUCUACUCGUCAUGACCUUCUGCUACACCCGCAUCCUCACCAAGAUCAAUGGGCAAAUGCACAAGGGAAAAGAUGGUGAGCACUGCCUGAGACGCAGUGGAACUGACAUGAUAUCCAAAGCCCGGAUUAGGACCCUCAAGAUGACCAUUGUGAUCGUGAGCUCCUUUGUCAUCUGUUGGACUCCCUACUACCUCUUAGGGAUCUGGUACUGGUUCCAACCAGCCAUUAUCCAGCACACACCUGAGUACGUGCACCACAUUUUGUUUGUCUUUGGCAACCUGAACACAUGUUGUGACCCAGUCAUCUAUAGUUUCUACACACCGUCUUUCCGGGCCGACAUUGCCGACGUGGUGGCGUGCUGCCGUGGUCGCCAAAUCAACAAUGCCUCCCCCAGCUCUGUGGAUCGUCUGUCUGGAGCGAGAGCUGGUGUUGCUAUGGAGAUGGAGUCCGAUUUGAGCUCAAACCAACACAGUGGGAAUCCUAAUUAAAAAUUGGGGAUGUCACUCGCUGUCCUAGUGCACGUUUAAUGCUCAUCCAUGAUGGAAGCUGAACAUUUCAGUCUUUUCUGGAACUGUUUCGAACUGUGGGACCCUUCAGACCUGUGGUCAACAAACACACAUAAAGGGUUGGACUGUAUGCAUAUUAUUAUAUUUGUUAUUUGUAUUUACAAGGCCCUGGAUGUGACUAGCAACAAUGUUAUUUGUGCAAAAAGUGGUAAUUUGAAAUAUGUAUAUCAUAUAUGCUCAGAGAGGACAUACUUUCAGUCAUGCCUGUCACAAUAGGAUUUUGAAUAGCUUGCCUCAUUUAUAAAUGUGGAUACAUUUUUGCGUGUUUAAAAUUAUAGCAUUCUAUAUAUGUUCACCACUCUAUAUGGUGACAGAUGCAGUGUGUUUUGUAUGAAUGAAAGCUUUUAAAACUCGCAUGGAAUUUUCUGGGCACAAAUUAAUACAGCAUGUGCCCUUAAAGGGGCUCUGACACUUUAUAACUUAAUACGACUAAAUAGUCUGACCUCAAAGGUCCACUUAGUAGCCGUUUUAGAGCCUUUAAUUGCAUCUCAGGAACUUCAUCGAUAUAGAAGUCUGAUAGAUCUGGUCCUGGUGAUGAAUCAGGCUUUGACCCGGGAGACUUGGAUUCCCGCCUAGCCCAGUAUACCCUCUUUCUCCUCCUCUCGUAUCCAGUUUGCAAGUCAGUCUCUCCGGUUCCUCUUCCUUUAAUCCACGAAACAAUGUAUAUUUGAGUGACGGCGAGAUUGCAAUCUCAGAACGGCAGGUCCCUUUUUUCAGAACGGCAUUAACCGAUCUCAGUACGGCAUGUAGUGGCAUAGAGCCCUCCCUCCCUCCUCAUCCAUGCAAAUCACGUAAAUGUUUUUUUGAGAAUUAGCACAACACUGCGACUUAAAAGUACCACAGCAUAAAAUAAAUAAAUAAUAAAAUAAAUACGCAUUAAAUAAAGUGAUGUAUCUUUUUGGUCAUUUGGCCAAUGUUUGUUUAACCUAAUGCAGCCAGUUUGACUAAUAAAUGUGAACAACGUG